AUGAAGUUACCACAAGGCUUUCAAGUGUCUGACCCUAACAAGGUAUGCAGGCUGCAUAAAGCAGUGUAUGGAUUGAAACAGGCUCUGAGGUGCUGGUUCGCCAAGUUAACAGAUGCUUUGAAGAAGUAUGGGUUUAAGCAAUCUUGCGCAGAUUAUUCUCUGUUCGUAUAUUCAAAGGGUGGAAUCGAUCUCAGAGUGCUUAUAUAUGUUGAUGACCUGCUAGUGUGUGGAAAUAGUACGGAGAGAGUUGACAGAUUUAAGAAUUAUCUGAGCAAGUGUUUUCAUAUGAAGGAUUUAGGAAAGUUGAAAUACUUUUUGGGAAUACAAGUUGGACGUGGUGGAGAAGGAUUCAUGCUUACUCAGAGAAAAUAUGCUUUAGAUCUAAUUGAAGACACUGGGUUACUUGGAUCAAAACCAGCGGCUACUCCAAUGGAACAACAUCACAAACUCGCGUUAGACACAAGUCCGGUUCUUCGUGAUGCAGAACGGUAUCGAAGAUUGGUGGGGCGGUUGAUCUACUUGUCCAUAACAAGGCCCGAUAUAUCAUACCCUGUUCACAUUCUUUCACAGUUCAUGAAGGCACCUAGAGAAGUGCAGUGGGAAGCUGCGUUACGAGUAGUGAGAUAUCUUAAAGGGACUGCAGGCCAAGGAAUCCUAAUCAGUUCAAAUGAGGAUCUCAGCUUGUCAGUUUAUUGUGACGCAGACUGGUCGGCGUGUCCGGUUACAAGGAGGUCAUUGAGUGCAUAUGUUGCUUUGGUUGGUGGGUCGCCUGUGUCUUGGAAGACAAAGAAACAGAAGGUGGUAUCUCAUUCGUCGGCAGAGGCGGAGUACAGAUCCAUGGCUCAGGCAACUCGAGAGAUUAAAUGGCUGCGGCGUUUGUUGUUUGAUUUGGGAGCAAAGCAGCUAAAGCCAUCAAAGUUGUUUUGUGAUAGUAAGUCUGCGAUUUACAUAGCAGCUAACCCUGUUUUUCAUGAGCGAACAAAACACAUAGAGUCAGAUUGUCAUCAGGUGCGAGAUGCACUACAGGAUGGUAUCAUCACAACGGUCCAUGUUCGUACUCAUGAACAAGUAGCAGAUGUUCUUACCAAGGCGCUUGGACGUGUACAGUUUGAGACAUUGUUGUUCAAGUUGGGAGUGAGAAAUCUACACCUUCCCAACUUGAGGGGGAGUAUAGGAGGAUAA